AUGAGAACCUCACCUUUUCUGAAUGCACCAGCAGAAGUGCGUGGUCUCAUCUAUGAUUAUCUCUUCGACGAUGCUGGCCACAAGCGGCUGGAAAUCCGCAAUGCACCGGCCGAGAAGGUGUCAGCGCAAGAUGGGCGGAAAAGGACAAGAUAUUAUGUUCUUGAUCGCUCACUGCAUCGAAGGUGCUUUGAGACAACAUAUCAUCUUAAAACAAACGAUGUACACUUCUGUGCGGCUUUGAUGCGCACCAACCGCCAGGUAUAUCAGGAAACAUCAUAUAUCGUGUACGGCAAGCAUGCAUUCGACUUUGGGGGUGAUGUCGAGGCUGUAGAACCAUUCAUAUCAGAUCUUAUUCCUGAAAGUCGGCACAUUAUUCGGGAGAUCUCACUUUACAAGCGUGGGCCGAUGCCGAUAUAUGAGAACGAUCGGAGCGAAUGGCGAAGCGUUUGUCGGUUCCUGCAGAAGACUGGUGUGGUCAGAAAGCUUCGUCUGGUCAUCCAAGGAGGAAAGCCGACCGUCGAUUGGCAUGGGCCGAAGGAGUUCACAGCAACAGACUUCAAACUCUUGGCAGAUUUGAAGCACGAGAGUCUAGAUUGGGUCAACGAGUUGGCGCAGGUCAGGGUUAAAGAGCUGGAGAUUUUGCCGGAUGUCCAUUAUGCCCCUCCGCCUACAAGUACGAACAUGUUGGUUUUCGCAGCCAUAUCAGCAAGCAUAGAAAGAGGCUUGACUGAAUUUCUUAGAUCGCGAUUGCUCUUGGCAUCAGUCUGA